UGAAACCUUCCACCUUUUUUCUGUGAAGCAAUCGCAGAUUCAUGCCAUAACGGAUCAAGGCGCUAUAAGACCUAUUUAAGGAUCUGAGAAGGAAUCCUGCUGAGUUGGAAUCGAAAGCGAUGAUUAUCUUCGCAGCAGGCAGUGUCCAGUAAUUUAUAAAGUUGGUAUAUGUGCUCAUAAACCACUACCUCAUUGCUCUUAUUUUCCUCCAUGGCGAUUCAGAUAGAUAUUCCGUCAGAUAUUACCGAUGAUGAUAAAGCUUAUCUUUUUCAAACCAUCGAUGCUAUGCUGAACGCUCACCUUUUCUAUGCGCUAUUGCAUGGUAUAUACACGGGCGUUCUUGCCGUUACAUUAUGGAAUAUUUCCAUUAAUAAAUGUUGGCAAAUUCGACGAGCCCUGGCCAUCGUUAUCAUUAUCCUCUAUGCUCUGAUUACCAUCAAUUUUGCUGUCUGUUUGUCAAAGAUAUGCUCUGCUUUCAUCGAUCACGGCGAAAAUUUUUGGACUGUAUAUUCGAAGCUUACUGGUGGGGCCCAGACAGUCUUCUGGGAGACGGGUAUCACAGCAUCCUUGAGUACCCUUCUUGUAGAGUCAUAUAUGAUUUGGUGCUGCUGGAUGGUUUGGGGACGACGCCGGCUUAUUGUCUUGCUUCCCAUAUUUUUUCUAAUUUCUGCAAUCGUAUCAAGGACCAUGCAAACAUAUUACGAAAAUGUCCAUGCGUCCGCACGCAAUGAUUUGUUCACAAAAUUCUAUCUAUCCUUCAACCUGGCGACGACAUUGUCAUGCAACUUGCUCAUCAUUUACCGCAUUACAACUAUCGCUAGAUCUAGGCGUGGAGCAGAGGGUCGACUAAGAGUUUAUCGCCGUUUCAUCCAAGUGCUCGUGGAGUCCUCAGCUGUAUAUGCAAUAUCUCAGCUCCUUUAUUUAGCUUUCAGCAUUAGAAAUAAUUCGGGAACGUUUUACUCUGACAUCAUAUCUGCCAUCGCGAAGGGAGUUGCACCCACACUCCUUGUUGGUAGGGCAGCUGCAGGACAUACUCAACCGAAAGAUGACUCCGAUGAAACUACGGUGUCGGCACUUCAUUUCCGGACACCUUCGAAACUUGGCACGACAAACCUUCAAGAAUCCACCAUGCAGGGCUCAGUCCUUGAAAUGGACGUCGAAGCUCAAUCGCAGCGGUCGGAUGAGUUCGUGGUAGUUGUCGAAAGGAUACAGUAGGGGCCACGACGACUGAAAGUCGGGCUGAGACUUUGAACAAAAUUGGGAGCUAUCUUUGAUUGUAUUAUCCUUUUCUGUAUUGUGCUUUUAUGUAUUUUAUCUUUCGAUUGAUUAUAUAAACCUGCUCA